CCCCGAAGUGCCCUCGCCAGCUGCUGAACCUCCCGAUUUUCAGUCUCGUGACCGGCGCUGCCCGGCUUAGGGCUUCACCAUGCCCGCUGUCCAUGAGGAUCUGGCCUCCGCGGUGUUCCCUACCGACGUGGACUUUUCCCCGGAGAUCUAUCCUCGCCAGGUCACCCUGAGGGAUCGCGUCACCGUCGCGACCCUGGUGCCCAUCUCGCCAUGUGACGACAUCCCCCGGGCCCUGCUGGCCUACCUGUCCGACCAGCUCAACAAGGAAAUCGAGAAGGGCGAUACCUAUGCCAUGAUCGACCUGAUCCCCUUGGAUCACUUCCAACCCUAUUGGUUCUCCAACUUCGGCGCCAUCAUGUUGCUGGGUGACUUCAAGAGCGUCCAGGACAUCCAGGCCAUGGGCCGAGCCGGCGCCAACUGGUCCAAGAUCUGUCUGGGGAGCUUCAACGUGAGACCCAAUUACCCCGGCCGGAGUAGUCAUGUCUGCAACGGCAUGUUCCUGGUCACCGACGCGGCUCGAAAUCGAGGUGUGGGUAGGUUGAUGGGUGAAGGGUACUUGGACUGGGCUCCGAGAUUGGGUUAUACAUACGCGGUCUUCAACUUGGUCUACGAGAGCAACGUUGCGUCUUGUCGUAUUUGGGAUGCUCUCGGGUUCAAAAGAAUUGGCAAGGUCCCGGGAGGAGGCCGUCUUCUAUCCAAUCCGGGGCAGUACGUCGAUGCGAUCAUCUACGGACGGGAUCUUGGUCCAGAGGGCGAGGAUUCCGUCACGCAGGAUCGCUUCGACAAGAUUCGAUAUUAUCUCAAACACUCAAAAUACCCUCGAGGGGCUGACCGCGCCGAGAAGAGCCGGCUGCGCAGUGCGGCGACGCAUUACAAGCUGAUCGGGGGUAAUGAUGGGGAUAACGAAAAAUUGAUGCUGAAGGACAAAGAGGUGGUGUCCGACCCUCAGCAGCAGUAUGAGAUCGCGCGGGAUAUGCACGUUCAGCAGCACGCGGGAAUCAACAAGACCACCGCAGCCAUCGCCGUGAAAUACCAUUGGGUCAGGAUCAAGGAGACCGUCAGUCGAGUCAUCCGGGAUUGUCCCCAGUGCAAGGAGACGCUCAAAUCGCCCUUGGCUAAUGGCCUUUUCCGAACGGAGGACCAGCUGGACAAUGAUGACCAACCUGGCGCUCGCGAAAGUGACAUGAGCAACGAGAACGACAUGGAUCAAGAGGAUCUGAGCCACGACAUUGCCCACGACAUCAACCACGACAUAAGCCAUGAAAUGAACCAUGAAAUCAGUCAUAAUCUAAAUCAUGACAUGAGCCAUGACAAUGACAUGAGCCAUGCUGCCGAUAUGAACCAUGACGGCGACCUGAACCUGUCAUCCAGCGCAGCCAUGGGUGCCAAUUCGCUGUUGGACCACAGCUCGCUCGAUGUUCACCAAAGCCACAAUCCUUUCGUGACCCCCCAUCCGUCCGUUGUGCAAGGAUCAUUAGAUGCCAUCGGCGACUACACUACCAUGCCUCUGGACCCGCAGAUCAUCGACAUUCACCAUCAACUCCCUCGAUUCCAACCGCACGAUGCCAUGGCCGACCCCUAUGCACAUGAUGCUCAUGGAUUAUCAAGUACAAAUUUCGACGAUGAUGUACGGCAUCAUGCAGCCCAUGAUUACCAUAUGAUGGUUGAUGACACCACCGACCCGGGAGGGACGCUGCACCAGGAUGCGCUGGGGCUUGUUCAUUCCCAGGCCAGCGACGUACAUCACGAGCAGAUAUUAGCCAAAUAUCAAUACGUUGGACAGACUGAUGAUGAGCUGGACUUUACAUAAUUUUUUUUUUCUUUUUGGUUUUCGAUCUGUUGUCUUUUUUUACAAGCAUGACGGGCGUUGAGCGUUUCGGGUUAUGCCUGCAUUACAAGCUUUAGUAUUAGUCAUUGACGGAGGAAGGAGGACCUGUGUAUUUUACAUUGCAGACAUCAUAGAAGGAAACGGCUUGUAGACCAAGCCCAUGAAAUACAGCCGCAUAAUUCAU